UCUUGCAUCCACCACCACUACCAUCCUAAUUGCUUUUAGUUUCUUCCAAUAUUAUUCCACAUCAAAAACCUUUCUCACCACUUUUUCAUUUUAUAUCUAUCUUCCCAUUCCCCUCACACCACUUAGCUUCUUCUUCAAAAACUGCACUGUCUUCUUCAAAAUCAAACAUGGCAGGAGGGAAUAAUAAGAGGAAUCAAACAAGCCCAGUGGGAAGUCCAACAUCAGGGAACAUCUCAGAUAGUUCUUCAUCGAAGGAACAACAAGACAGGUUCCUCCCAAUUGCAAACGUCAGCAGGAUCAUGAAGAAGGCGCUGCCGCCGAAUGCAAAGAUCUCGAAGGAGGCGAAGGAAACUGUUCAGGAGUGCGUGUCUGAGUUCAUAAGCUUCAUAACUGGUGAAGCUUCCGACAAGUGCCAGAGGGAGAAGAGGAAGACCAUCAAUGGUGAUGAUCUUCUUUGGGCCAUGACUACGCUUGGUUUUGAGAACUAUGUUGGACCCUUGAAGCUUUAUCUCAACAACUAUAGGGAAACUGAAGGGGACAAGACUUCCAUGCCGGUUAAUCAUCAUCAUCAUCAUCAUUCUCCAGAACCCAACAAUCAUCAUCAUGGUGUUGCUGAUUUUGCAGGUUUUAAUGGUAAUAAUAAUGAUGGAGGGUUUUACUCUGUUGGGCCUCAUCAAGUUCUGAAUCACAGUACUAUAACUACUGCGACUACUACUCCAUCAAAGAGUUUCAAUAAUCAUCAUCAGAGUGUGGUUGAUAAUGUCAAUGGUGAUGCUGAUGCUAAUGCCAACGGUAAUGAUAAUCGUAGGUUGAUGAUGCCAUCAGACCUACGUAGUUAUAGGGUUGAAUGGUAGUUAGAUAUUAUUUUUACCUGAAAAAUAUUUGUUAUUCUCGUUUUAUAUAACAUAUAAUAUAAUAUUGACUCGU